GUGCGGAUACAUUAACAAAAGAAGAUCUUGAUGAAGAUGUUGAAACAGAAGAAAAUGAAGAACCUUCGGAGGAGACAGAGGAAAUGUUGGAUAUUUCAACGAAAUUGGCGGCAGAACUCAACCAAAUAAACUAUUGA